AUGAAAAAUAAAUGCAUUGCUUCCCACUCCCGUAAUCAGGACUCUGCUACUAAAAAAGCUUUGGAGGACAUUGAGUCCAAGUUGAAGCAGGUUAAAAAUCUCCAAAAAAAUCUUGAAGGAUUGACUGACCAAAACAGUUGUCAAAAGCUGUUAGAGAAUCUUUGUGCCGGCCUCGAAACCUUCCUCGGCUUCAACAAAGACUCCAAAGGCUACGACGGCUCUGGGAUAGUGUACUCCGACUUGGAUAGGCUGUGUGACGGGGUGAUGGGAUUUUUGAGUGGUGUGCUUGGUGCGGUGAAAAACGAAAAUGAAGUGAUAACUUAUGAUAAUAAUCUUCAAACAAAGCUUAAAGAUGUACUAGACACCUUAAAUACUAAAAUUGGCCACGGCCGUGCUGGGCUUGCGGUGUCUGUCGCCGCGGUGAAGGGGUGGUUGGAGGGGUAUGAAGGUGAAGUAGGCAAGAAGACGAAAGCAGUAACAGACAAUAUUACGCAUUUAAUGAACGAUUUGACACGUCACAAAGAUAAUAUUGACAACGAAAAAAUGUCUGAUCUUUCCACGCAGAUUCAAAAUUGGACUGCACGCGCCGAGCAGUAUAGACUUCACGUCGUAGCAGCGGAGAAGGACAUGAAAAAUCUUGACUCCAAGUUAUUAGGUAAGUUGACUCCGAAUAUUCAAAUGCUGUUUCAGGCCAUGGAAACUUUCAAGGAGGCGGCGAAGGUUGAAGGCAUGAAGGAGAUGUACGAUUUGGCAGAUGCCAAAAUGGAUUACAUUAAACAUUACGUCACAAAGCAAGCUGGAAAACGUUCGGAGGAGAUCGAAAAUUAUUUGAAAGAUAGAGUGGGCAAGUUAUAUAUUAAGCUCGAUAACAUGAAGCAGAAUGAAUUUAACAUGCUGCUACUCUCCUUGGACAAGGAUGCUGCGGUUGCAUUCAACAAAGUUAAUUAUAAUAUGAAUAGUAUUCUAAAUAGAUAUGGAAAGGAUAUCGUGAAAGAGGUAGAAGGUAUUCUGGCGGCUGCGGGCAGGCUUAAAGGAGAAAUUCAAGCUGAGAAGGAGAAACUUAAAAUGCAGGUGAAACAGUUGGGUCUCCGUAUUGAAUUUUUUCGAGGAAUUUUUGGAGGCGUUAAAGCGGAGGUGGUGGAAGAUCAAAGUGGUAUUGAGCAUACGUUAAAAUUAACUGACGCCAUCAAAGGGCUUACCCAGCAGGUUGUCCAAAACGUGCAAGGAUAUGUUUCAGCCACGUUGCCCAGCGAACUUCAGGCAGCGCUUAGGGAGAUGACUGAUGGGAUUGCUAAGGCUGAGAAGAGUGUCGCGAAGGAAGAUGGGCAUUUAGAUAAGAUCGCCAAUAAAGCAGAAAGUUAUGCAAAAUCGUUUGAGGGGGAGGCGUUUGGGAGUAUAGUGGAGGAAUGGAUUUAUGAAAUUCUGCAGAAUGUUAUGGUUAAACAUUGGUUUGAUGCAUAUGCUAGUAAUAACAAUGGUAGACUGACUGAAUCAUAUCACAGCGCUGUGAAAACUGGCCUAAGUAGUGAGCAAUUU